AUGGCUAUUGACACGCCCAGUCCUAACCAAGCACGAUCCAUUAUUAUAUUGGCACCUCAAACGGAUAAUCCUGACGUUCGAGUAAUAAAAACAAUAUUAGCAAUAAGAAAUAAUCCACAAAGAACUAAAAUUAAUUUUCAUAUUGUUGCUGAAAUAACCGAACGAAUUAAUUUAGAUGUGGCAUUGAUUGCAGGUGGAGACGAAGUUAUGUUUGUCCAUUCCGAUGAAAUCAUUGCACGUAUUAUGGCUCAAUCAGGUCGACAAAGUGGUUUGGCUGUUAUAUUAUCAAGUCUAUUAUCAUUUCGAGACGAUGAAAUUUAUUUUAAAUAUGAGAGAGCACUUAUUGGUAGAACAUUUCAUGAUGCUCUAUUUGCAUACGAGAAAUGUUCGGUAAUUGGACUGAUGCUAUCCGAUGGAACAGUUAAAAUGCUUCCUCCAUUGGAUACAGUAAUCAAUAUGGAUGAUCAAAUAAUAGUUAUAGCAGAAGAUGAUGAUAAAAUUUCAUUAUCAUCAAAUUAUUUAGCACGCAUAGCUAAAUAUUCUUCUCCAAUAUCACAGUUAGUAAUAACUCUUAGUGCAAUUCAAUUAUCAAAAACUACGGCAACAAAAGUAGAACGAAACAUUAUAUGUGGCUGGAACAAUAAAAUCCCUUUAAUAGCUAAAGAAUUGGAGAAUUAUGUUUCUCAUGGUAGUGAACUUCAUAUAUUAACAAAUUCUGUUGAAGCCCAGAAAUUCGUAUCUAACCACUUAGUCAAUGAGUUAGAACACCAAAAAUUAUAUUUUCAUUCAGGUCAUAUGACACGUCGGCAAGAUUUGGAAAAGCUAAAUUUAUCAACCUAUAAUUAUGUUAUGCUAGUACCCAGUGAAGACGGUCGAGAAAAAAAUUUAAUCGAAGAAGCAGAUACUGAAUGUAUAAUUUGUUUAUUAUAUAUACGAGAUAUAAUUGAUAAAUCAAACUGGGGUAAAAUAUUUAAUAUUAUAACAGAAAUGUACAGCGUACGUAAUAGUAAACUGGCUAAUAUGGCAAGCGCAGAUGACUAUAUAAUUAGUCCAAAUUUGGUAUCAAAAUAUAUUACACAAUUAUCUGAAAAUAAAAACAUAAAAAAAGCAUACGAUGUUUUAUUGACACCUAAUGGUCCUGAAAUUCUUUUAUGUGAAGCCUCCAUAUUUGUUCCACUAAAUACACCAGUGAGCUAUUACGAAGUUUUACAAUCAACAUUAAAAUUUCAAUGUGUGGCUAUUGGUUACAGACUAAUGAAAUAUGUACAUGAUCAAACAAAACUCUAUGGCAUCGUUAUAAAUCCAAAUAAACAAAAACAAAUAAUAUUUGGAGAUAAUGAUAAGAUUAUUGUUUUAGCUGACCAGACAGUUGUAGCCUCGCAUUUUGAGCUAUAG